AUGGUGGUACUGGGGGAACCUCUCACCUGUCUGAACCUGUGUUUAGAGGGUGGGAAGCAGUGUCCUGGUGGUAUGUUACUGGUACCCUCUUUAACAUGGCUUCAGAAAGAAUCCACCAAUGAAGGAGAUCUGCAAACCUUACGAGUACACAAGGCUGUCACAUUUGACUCUUGUGGUCGAACAUUUUUGGACAUCUUCAUUCCACCUCGUCGUGUCACUUACUUCAUAAACCUUGCUACAGAUGAUGAGAAAAGCAGUGUUUGCAUGCGCAGUUACAAUGUGGACUAUGAAAAAGAUUUAGAUUGCCCACUUGGAGUCACGCAAGAUUUGAUGAAGUGUUUGGAUGAUCGAAUUCUCACUCGUAGUCUGGUUGCGGACGCUGGUGUUGCCUAUCCCGAUACGCUGGCAUUUGUGUACAGAUCACGAAUACCUUAUAACCAGGAGAGACGCAAUAUUUAUGUGGUCGCUAUUGAAAAUAAAGAAGACGGAAGAGAAAAGAUCAAAAAUGAACUGGCUGUAGUUGUCAAAGUAGGCGUACAUGCUUCACGAAGAGUGACCUACCAUUCUGCCCAUGACCAAGCUGGCGUUUACAGCGCCAUGUGUCAAGGUCUACAUGUUCUGGAAGAGGGGGAGAGCAUCAUUGUGGAGGCAUUUUGUGAGACCCUUGAACAAUUACCAGUCCCUCAUCUUGACUACGAGGAACAGGCAGUCGGCAUCAAAAGCAAGGAGUUGUCCUGCACAAUCCGAGCUUUCGUCUGCUGCACUCCCAACGGGAAUCAGCUGGUUUCAGACAUCUUCUGCGGCAUCCGUUCAAUGAUCAAGAAAAAGGCGGAGGACAUAUUGGACAUUUGGAUGAAGCACGAGGACAGUAUGAACAAAGAGAAACGCGGAAGUUUUUUGUCAGAAAUAGGCAUAAUAGGUGUCAAUUUUGUCUUGACACAUCAAGAAGACAGCAGUUAUGACGCCGUGGUUGUAAGCAUCAAUAAUGGCAGGAAAACCAUCGCGAACACGCAGACCUACGAGUUUCAAAACCCGGUCAAGCUUGGAAGUUGCGUUCGACCCUUAGUGAGAACCAUGGUUAACCGUAGUCAGCGGUUCCUUCUCCAAGGAAAGCAAAUUCUUGUAAUUGGCGGAGGAAAUGGAAUAAACAAAAAGUUUGUCUGGGAAGCUGCCGAUAAUUACUUUGUGAAGAUAAUUUUGAUUGAACCGGAUCCUAAUCACAGUGCAGUUCAAAGUGUAUACAAGUUUAUCCAAUGUGACAUAGAAGACGUAAGUCAUGACGAGGAAAUUGCCAAGAGAGUUGUCCAAAUAAUUCGCACACAAGGCCUAGUCGUAGACGGGUGCAUGACCGUUGUUGACGAAUACGUUCCUCUGACGGCUCUCGUAUGCGAGGCACUGCACCUACCUGGUAAUACGCCUGAAGCUUCAAGAAAGACUAAGAAGAAAAGUCUUACUCAAAAAGUUUUAAUGGAAUCUACAGUCAGGAGCUCUCCUCUGCCAAACGCAAAUGUUUAUGCAGUCAGUACACGCAAUAUUAUCCAACCUGAAGAUGUGAAGGGAUCGUCAAAUAUUAUUCAGUAUCCAGCACUGUUGAAGCCAGAAUACGGGACAGGUUCUCUUGGAGUGUGCCUUGUCAAAGACGAGACAGAAUGUCUGAAGUCCUUCAACGCCGUUCAGAAAAUCUUAAAAGCUGAGGACGAAAAGGCCUUAGUAAAUUGUUACGGCAACGAAAUGCACCUAGCCGAGUAUGCACUGGGAACCAAGCAUGGAGUCGAUAUCGUCAUGUUUCGAGGGAAGAUUUUAGCGGCAUUCAUCUCUGAUUGUGGACCUACCCGCUUUCCGUUUUUUAUCCAGACUUCAUCGUGUAUGCCGUCAUGUUUACCCCUUGACAAGCAACGACAGCUGGUAACGGCCACAGAGCAGUGUGUUAGAGCAGUUGGUCUCACUGAUGGUGUGUAUAAUAUUGAGUUUAAAAUGACACCCACGGGACCAAAAUUGACUGAGAUCAACGGUAGAAUGACUGGAUACCAUUACCGGAACUGGAUACUCGCCAUCUUUGAUACGGAUAUCCUUUUCCUAAAUUUCUUAAUUGCAUGUGGGAUACAACCCAGCGUCCGACCAUUGGAGCCAAUGUGCCAGCUCAUAGGGGUCAUGUGUACCACAACAGCCCACGCCAAGGCACUAUCGCGACCGGGCAUUGCAACACCGGAAAUCCUUGCUGAGGCUCAUGAUAAAGGGGAAAUAAUUUUCUUUCCAAUAGAGCCCAACUUGGAAGAAAAUGAGCCCUUUGAGAAGCCGUUAUGUCAUGUAGCUGUAAGGGGGAAAUCUGUAGAUGAAGCGAAGAAAAAGAUGUUGGCAGUUUGCAGGAAAUAUGGGAUAAACAACCAACAGUAUCCAGUGGAACGCUUUCUGUCCCCUUUCGUGGAGUUAUCUUGGCCAUGA